CCACACACACACACACACACACAAAUUUAGAUUAAGGUUUGGAGAAUGGAAUGCUACCCAGUCGUGCACUCCUACACUCAGACACAAAGCCAAUGAAAUAACCAUUUCACCCCCCCCCCCAAUUGGAUGCUUGAUACAUGCUCCCAUUGGCCCCUACUGGCACAAGGGCCACGCAACCAGGUAGUGUUCCAGGGGUUAAUUUUUUUUAUUGGAGUUUUUUUUUUUUUUUUUGGUACAUGGUUGGCGGUGUUUUGGCCCCAUCGGCCCAAACCCGCCCUGAGCCCAAACAGGGCUGGGCUAAGAUUUCUGAUCCUAAGUUAGAGUUGAGGGCGGCCCAGCCCGACCCUGAAUUUAGUCCUGAUCUUAGAUAAAGCCUUGUACAAAAAUCUAGUCAAACAGGGACCUUGUAUUGUGAAAUAAGGUAAAUUAAAAAGGGUUAUGAAUAGAUUGGACCAAACAAAUCUUAGUCUACACACUGCUUGUCAAAAUGCCUCAAUCAGUUAACGGUUAAGGGUGACUCAGAGUAUUUACCGAAGAGGAGAACAGACAUGAUUUCCUAGGGUUGAGUAGACCAAAUAUAUCUGAAUAUGUAUGGCCAGGUUUUUGAAAUGGGAAUGUAUCUGAGAUAGUAAUGGCCUGUUUGAUGAACUUGAGGCCACAACAGGCCUGUGACAAAUUACCUUAAAGAGUGAUUAAGUUCUGUGGAACACUUUUACCGCUUCACAACAGGUUUUUGAUGAAUUAUCAUUCUAUAGAAUAAUUUAAAAAACAUAGAGAAUUUUUUUUUAAGCAUCAAUAAUAUCUCAUUCUUCAAUGUGAAUACUAGCUUGAGCACUAGUUACCAGUAUAUAUGGUUUUAUUCACUAGAAAUUGUUGAAACUGCAUUAAACUAUGUUUAUUUCAUGUUCAUUUGUAUCUUCAGGGCUUUUUUUAGUUUACCCCUUGUUUGUUUUGUUUCUAUAUUUCAUUUUUCUCCCAAUUUGAAGAGGUGAGACAAAGUUUAUCGAAGCAAUCAUUGAAGAGGUCUCAAUGAAAGCAAAAGAAAGACAUAUGGACAUUGACACUAAUCUAGUUGGGAUAGAUUGCCGCAUAGAAUCCAUUAAUUCUUUAUUAAGCCUUGGUUCUAAUGAUGUUCGUAUAAUCGGGAUCUAUGGUAUUGGUGGCAUGGGGAAGACAACCAUCACCAAGGCUGUCUAUAACCAAAUCUUACAUGAAUUUGAAGGCAGUACUUUUCUUGGAAGUGUUCGAGAAAUUUCUGGACAUCGUAAUGGUUUGGUUCAUCUGCAAGAGCAACUUCUUACUGAUAUAUUAAUGAAACAAAACAUACACAUAAACAAUGUUGAUAGAGGAAUCAAUGUGAUUAAACAAAGACUCUGUUUUCGAAAGGUUCUUGUCGUUCUGGAUGAUGUGGAUCAAUCAAGCCAAAUAAAUGCAUUAGUUAGAGAACGUAAUUGGUUUGGCUUGGGAAGUAGAAUCAUUGUAACAACCAGAGAUCAACAUUUUCUAAAUGGGCUUGACGUGGAUGGAAUGUACGAGGUUGAAAAACUGAAUCCGAAGGAAUCCCUCCAACUCUUCAGCCGCUAUGCAUUUCAAAAGGUUCGUCUUAGAAGACAUCAAAUGGAGCUUUCAGCAGAAAUAGUGUAUCAUCUUGGUGGGCUUCCAUUAGCUCUUCAGUUGUUUGGUUCAUUUCUACACCAGAGAAGCAUAGAUGAAUGGAAAACUGCAUUAGUGAAGUUGGAAAGAAUUCCAAAUGAGGAAAUUCAGCAAAAACUUAAAUUAAGCUUCGAUUAUCUUGACAGUACAGAGAAAGACAUUUUCCUUGACAUUGCAUGCUUCUUUAUUGGAAUGGACAAAGAUAUUGCAAUAAAAAUACUAGAUGGUUGUGGUUUCUUCCCAGAAAUAGGAAUUGGUGUUCUCACUCGUAGAUCACUUCUAAUAAUCAAUGAAAAAAAUCAGCUUGGAAUGCAUGCCCUACUUCGAGACAUCGGAAGGGAAAUUGUUCGUGAAGAAUCUCCUUAUGAGCCCGGAAAGCGUAGCAGAUUGUGGUUUCAUGAAGAUGUAUAUGAAGUACUGACAAAAAAUGCAGUAACAGAAGUAGUUGAAGGUGUGGCCUUAGACUUACACUUCCACCAAAGAAAAACAGAAUGUUUGAGUAUUGAGGUAUUUACGAAGAUGGAAAGAUUACGAUUGCUCCAAGCUGGUUAUUUUCAUAAACGUUUUCUAAAUGAUUCAUUCUCUUUCAUGGGGAAAAAACAUCUGUUCAAGGAGUUAAGAUGGCUAUGUUGGCAUGGAUUUCCUUUAAGAUAUAUGCCAAACAAUUUUCAUCUGGAGAACCUUGUUGUUCUCGAUUUACAAUAUAGCAAUCUCAAGCAAGUCUGGAAGGGAAGCAAGCCAGAGUCUCUUGGAAAGCUGAAAGUCCUUAAUCUCGACCAUUGCCUUGACCUAACCAAAACCCCCAACUUCUUGAGACUCCCUAGCCUUGAGAUAUUGACACUUGAAGGUUGUACAAGUUUGGUUGAAGUUCACAAAUCCAUUGGAGAAUUAAACAAUCUUCUCAUUUUAAAUCUAAAAGAUUGUACAAACCUUUGGAGACUCCCAAGAAGCAUUUGGAAUUUGAAAUCUCUACAAAAUCUUAUUCUUUCUGGUUGUUCAAAAAUCAGUGAACUGCCAGAGGAACUGGGAAAUAUGGAAAGUUUAACAGAGCUUCUUGCUGAUGGAACUGCCAUAAGGAAACUGCCCAUUUCUGUUGGGCUUUCACAUAACCUCAAAAGCUUGUCUUUAGGUGGAUUUAAAGGAUCACCAUCAAAAUCAUGGAAUUCAUUUUUUAGGUCAUUGGGACCACCAAGAAGUGAUGAUGCCAUUACAUCUUUGCCAGCUUCUAUCUCUGGUUUACGCUUCUUAACGCACCUGAGUCUUAGGGAGUGCAACCUAUCUGGUAUGCUUCCCAAUGAUCUUGAGAGUUUAUCCUCAUUACAAGAGUUGGAUCUAGCCUUCAACAACUUUUGUGAGUUACCUGCCAGCAUUAACCGCCUUCCACAGCUUCAAUCCCUUUGGUUAGAGAAUUGUACAAAGCUUGGAUCACUUCCAGAACUUCCAUCAAGUUUAAGGUACUUGGAUGCAGAUGGUUGCACGUCCAUGGAAAAGCUACCCAAUCUUGCGAGUGCAUCCUUAUUGCGUAAGUUGGAUUUAGCUCAAAGUAAUAUUUGUAGCUUACCUGCAGACAUCAAUGGCCUUUCUCAACUGCAAGUUCUUAGAUUGGUAAAUUGCACAAGGCUUCAGUCACUGCCAGUGCUUCCACCAAACAUAAUUUCUUUGGCUGCAGAAGGUUGCACCGCGAUGGAAAGACUAUCAAGCUUGGAAAACUUAAAGAAGUUAAAUUCCUUGUGGCUGAAUAGUUGCAGCAAACUAAUUGAGGUGGAAGGCUUGGAGAGGUUGGAAACUAGACCAACCAUUCACAUGGAAAGGUGCAAUAGUUUGGCAAAUACUUUCAGGGAUAAACUCUUUCAGGGGAUGAGUGAACCUGGUAUCAUUGACAUCCUUUUUCCUGGGGUAGGCAUUCCAGAUUGGUUCAGCUACCAAAGUACAGGGUCUAGCAUAUAUUUUGAGGUGCCUCCACCGUCAAACAAGAAGAUUCAAGGCUUGAUUAUAUGUGCCGUCUAUGCAGCAGACAAAGAAAAUGCCGUAUAUACUGAUGGUCCUGAAGCCACUUUCAUUAACAGGACCAAUGGUCUAGAUUGGAAACACAGACCCAAAAUCAAUGCCCUUUCAAUUACAAAGCAGGAUCACAUAUGGGUGAGCAAUUUAGCAGAGGCAACGUUUGUGGAUCUGUUGGAAGGCGGGGAUCAAGUGGAUGUCUCGAUAGAAAUGGGUGACCCUAUCCAAGUGAAGAAAUGUGGGAUCCAUCUGUUUCAGGGUACCUCUUCUCCAUAUGAACUUGGAGUUGAGAAAGACCACAAAGAAGAUGAUGCGGGCGGGCGUGCACUUGCUUAUGUUUCAAUGAGGAUCAAGGCCUUGAUUGGCUGAUCCUGAGUGGUAAAUCAUAAUAGAUUGAACCAGUUUUGAUUCCGUAA